AUGUUGAAUAUGCAAGUUGCUGAAGAGAGAGAGAACGAAAGAGAGACUAGCCCAGGUCGAGAGAACAGGCCUGUUCCAGAGGAAGAUGUCCCUGAAAUUGCUUCUUCAGGUGUAGUAGCAGAGAGAUUUCAAGAGGAUGAACACCAGGAUUCUAUAUUUGUGGAAAAAUAUGUGUGUGAGGGCAUGAAGGAAAACUCUUCCAGAGAGCUUCCUGGGCCAUGCCUUUUCCAAGGAGACUUUGGGGGAAUAACCUUCAAACACAAGAAAGCAAAUCCUGCAAUGAUUAGCCAAGAAUAUCACUUUGAAAAAAGCUUGCUUUUGACCUCAAGCCUUGUUACACAUCUUAGGGUUUCCACAGAAGAAAGCCUACAUCAGUGGGAGACAGCUAACAUACACAAAAAUGAGAUUUCAGCACAAAGGAAAUGCCCAAUCCUGUCCACUCAGAAAAAAUCUUGGAAAUGUAAUGAAUGUGGAAAGAGCUUUACUCAGAGCUCAUCCCUUACCCAACAUAAGAGAACUCACACUGGAGAGCGACCCUACACAUGUGAGGAAUGUGGGAAAGCCUUUAGUCGUAGCUUAUUCCUUGUUCAGCAUCAGCGGAUUCACACUGGAUUGAAACCAUACGGGUGUGAGCUGUGUGGGAAAGCAUUUCGAUGUCGGUCGUUUCUUACUCAACAUCAGAGAGUCCACACUGGAGAGAAACCUUAUAAAUGUGAUGAAUGUGGGAAUUCCUUCCGCAAUCAUUCACAUCUCAGUGAACAUCAGAAAAUCCAUACUAGAGAGAAACCUUAUAAAUGUAACAGAUGUGGGAAGGCAUUCAAUCAGAACACACACCUUAUUCAUCAUCAGAGAAUUCACACUGGUGAGAAGCCUUAUUUAUGCAAUGAAUGUGGCGCUUCCUUCCGCAAACACUCAAAUCUUACGCAACAUCAAAGAAUUCACACUGGAGAAAAACCCCAUAAAUGUGAUGAAUGUGGGAAAACCUUCCAAACAAAGGCAAACCUCUCUCAGCAUCAGAGAAUUCAUACUGGAGAGAAACCCUAUAAAUGUAAGGAAUGUGGAAAAGCCUUCUGUCAGAGCCCAUCCCUUAUUAAACACCAGCGAAUUCAUACUGGAGAGAAACCCUAUAAAUGUAAGGAAUGUGGCAAAGCUUUUACUCAGAGCACUCCACUCACUAAGCAUCAGAGAAUUCAUACUGGAGAGAGGCCCUACAAAUGUAGCGAAUGUGGUAAAGCUUUCAUUCAGAGCAUCUGCCUUACUCGGCAUCAGAGAAGUCACACUGGAGAAAAACCCUAUAAAUGCGUUGAAUGUGGGAAGGGCUUUAAUCAAAAUACCUGCCUCACUCAGCAUAUGAGAAUUCACACUGGAGAGAAGCCUUUUAAAUGCAAGGAAUGUGGGAAAUCUUUUGCUCAUAGCUCUUCUCUCACUGAACAUCAUAGAACACACACUGGUGAGAAGCUCUAUAAAUGUAGUGAAUGUGAGAAAACUUUCCGCAAGUAUGCACACCUUAGUGAACAUUACAGAAUUCACACUGGUGAGAAGCCUUAUGAAUGCAUUGAAUGUGGAAAAUUUUUCAGACAUAGUUCAGUCCUUUUCAGGCAUCAAAAACUCCACAGUGGUGAAUAA